UCAAUAAUAACUUAAAAUUGGCUCGAAAGACAUAAAAAAUUAAUGUAUUGUAAAUUUGAAUAGUGUUGAUUGUUCAAUCAAUUCAUCAACUGUAUUCAAAAAUGAACUGAAAAUAUGAAGAUACGAAUUUCAAAUUGAAAAAGGACGCAACGUAUCUGAUUGGCUAAAUGCAAACACAUGGAACUGGGCUAUAUUUCAUUCCAAGCUCUACAUUGUGAUCCUCCACCUCAAAGGAGCUUCGUUUUUCCCUGAUAAUUUCAAACUUAAAAUUGUAUUUUUGUUUUUUAUUUGAUUCGUUAUUUGACCAGUAUUAAUUUAAGAUGUCCAGUUUAUCAUCCAAUAUUCAUAUUUUAACACCAGAGGAUGAAAUUUCCAUCAGAAAAUUGGAAUGUCUCAAAGAGCUUCGUGAUGUUACUUUGGAGCUGAGCAAAAAGAAAGCACGUUUACAUAGUGCUUUGGAGGCCAUGGAUGAGGAGGCUAAAUGUCUCGAGACAUUCAAAAACGAGAAAGCUUUGAUUGAGCAAGAAAGAGAAGCUCAUUGUGCAGAAUUGUUGUUGAUUCGAGAUGAUCUCAAUCAAAUGGAAUCAGUGAUUCAAGAAUCAGAAAGUGAGACGGAUCAUCAUUUAGCUAUGGCCAAAAGUUUAAUUCUUGAAUGGCAAAAACUUGCGGAUCGUGCAAAUAAAAUACGAUCAGCUCUUGGUCUUAAUCAGCUUCCGAAUCUCCCAGAAGAAGAAAAACUGAAAGAGGAUAUAAUCAAAAGUACUGGAAGUGAAGACGGUGCUCAUCAUCAUGCUAUGGCAUUUGAGCAGGACAACGCUUUCAAGCCUCUUUUAAUGAUUGCAAACCAACAACCAAUGCAACAACAACCUUACUUAUUCCCAUCACCGACUUCGUCCAGCUCAAGAGAUUUUCAAUCUGUAGGACCUCAUUCGCCUGGAAUGGGGAUGUCAUCUUUAAUGAAUCCUCAUCAUGGCCCACCCUCUGGGUUAAUGUCUUCAGGAUCUUCGUCAAAUUUAGUAGAAAGAUCUCAAAAUCGUUCUUCAUUUUGCCAACAACCUCCUCCAAUGAAAUCGUGUCUCACUUGUUUCCAACAAAUCCAUCGAAAUGCUCCAAUCUGUCCUAACUGUAAGGCCAAAAGUAGAUCUCGUAAUCCAAAGAAACCUAAACGUAAACCAGAAGAUUAAUAGCAUUAAUCUGGCAUGAUCAAGCUCAUCAUUUUCAUCUAUUUCUUUUGUUCUUAAGUAUUUUGAAUACAAAAAAACCUUUUUUUCUGGCAAAAAAUUCAAAAUCAAUUACAUAAACUCAAGAAAAUAUUAAUCAUUUACUUUUGGAAAGACGAUUUCAUGAUUCAUUCAAUCAUCUCAUCUCAUCUGGUACAACAAUCCCCAUUGAUAAUGAUUAGGGUAGCGACGAUUGUUUCAUUUCACAUUCAUGAACCAUAACAUAAUUUAAAUCCAUCCUUUUUUUAUUUUUCCUUUGUGGAUUAUCUGUAGAGAUAAAAUGACUUAAUUAAAUUUUCUUAUACAACUCAUAA